UGAGGAUCAUAUUUUAUUUUCAGACAAAGAUUAUUUGAAAACGAAACGAGACGAACCAGCCCAAAACCAAACCAAUUAGGUGGUUAUUCGAUGUAAUGAAGCUUCAGACGUGUUGCUGAUACAGUGAUACAGGCAUCAUCACACUGCUUUGAAGUAUACUGCUUAGCGAUUUGGAUGCAUACCUCGUAGUCCCGGAAUCAAACGUCCCUACGAAACGUCCCUACGUAACAUCCCUACACGCUUCCUACACUUUAGCUUGUUGUCUGAAAAUUAAAUAUACAUUUUACUCAACUGCGUUACUCACUCCAGUCAACAGAGGGCGGACUGGCAAUUUAAGGCGUUUUAGACGUUUAAUCUAGUAGAUCGAACGCUUCUUUCAACAGCAACAACAGUUAGUCAGACACCUCGGUACCUUGCCAGACAAAAUAGCUGAACCAAUAAAGCUCUUUAAACGCUGUAGUGCAUAUUAGCAACUGUGUUUUAAACCCAAUUCUGUCGUCUAGUUAGUUAUCCGAUUUAAUUUCAUAUUUACGGUGUUGUUGUUAGUCAGCUAGCGGUCUGGUUAAGUUAGCAUUAGCCCAGCUAGCUAACGUCCCCGACCAUGCGGUCACUAAGCUUUUCUCCUCCUGCUAUAGAAGAUGGGGUCUGCUGGAUGGAGGAAGAGGUGGAUAUCACAGUAAAACAAGAAGUAGAGAGUGAGGCUGUUACUGUGAAAGAAGAAAAAGACGCGUUCAGAGUGAAAGAGGAGGAGGAUGUUACAGUAAAAGGAGAGGAGGAUGCCGUUUAUGGAUUGAAAGAGGAGGAUGAAGAGAUGACUGUUAUAUCGAAAAAAGAGGAGGAAGAAGCGGAGGAAACUGGAUAUCUGGGCCCGGUUUCCCAAACGCAUCUUAAGGCAUCCAAUGGUUCUAAUGAUGAAUUUAGCCAUAAGAUGGUUUUGAGAAGCCGUUCCCUGAUUAACACUCGUGAGAGAUGUGACAAUCGUGGAUCCUCUGUGGAGCCUCAACAACAUCAUGAUGCUGAAGAGGCAGAGAAGAGUCCCUUCAGAUCAGACCAUAAGAAACACCAGCAGAGACCCACAGAGAAGAAAUCUAAUUGCUGCUCUGACUGUGGGAAAAGAUUCAACUCUUCAGUAAAACUUCAAAUACACCAGAGAACACACAAAGGAGAGAAAUCGUUUAGCUGUGAUCAAUGUGGGAAGAGUUUUACUACAUCUGGCUCUCUGACUUUACACCAGAGAACACACACAGGAGAGAAACCUUAUAGCUGUGAUCAAUGUGGGAAGGGUUUUACUACAUCUUGCCAGCUGACUAUACACCAGAGAAUACACACAGGAGAGAAACCUUAUAGCUGUGAUCAAUGUGGGAAGAGUUUUACCACAUCUGGUCAUCUGACUUUACACCGGAGAACACACACAGGAGAGAAACCUUAUAGCUGUGGUCAAUGUGGGAAGAGUUUUGGUCAAUCUAGCCAGCUGACAUUACACCAUAGAACACACACAGGAGAGAAACCUUUUAGCUGUGGACAGUGUGGGAAGAGUUUUGGUCAAUCUAUUAAUCUGAAAGUGCACCAGAGAAGACACACAGGAGAGAAAUCUUAUAGCUGUGAUCAAUGUGGGAAGAGUUUUGUUACAUCGGACCAGCUGACUUUACACCAGAGAAUACACACAGGAGAGAAACCUUAUAGCUGUGAUCAAUGUGGGAAGAGUUUUACUACAUCUAGCUCUCUGACUUUACACUGGAGAAUACACACAGGAGAGAAACCUUAUAGCUGUGGGCAAUGUGGGAAGAGUUUUGGUCAAUCUAGCCAGCUGACCUUACACCAGAGAAUACACACAGGAGAGAAACCUUUUACCUGUGGUCAAUGUGGGAAGAGUUUUUGUCAAUCUAGCAAUCUGACAGUGCACCAGAGAAGACACACAGGAGAGAAAUCCUAUAGUUGUGAUCAUUGUGGGAAGAGUUUUGUCAAAUCUGACCAGCUGACAGUACACCAGAGAAUACACACAGGAGAGAAACCCUAUAGCUGUGAUCAAUGUGGGAAGAGUUUUACUACAUCUGGCUCUCUGACUGUACACCAGAGAACACACACAGGUGAGAAACCUUAUAGCUGUGAUCAAUGUGGGAAGAGUUUUGGUCAAUAUAGCCAGCUGACAUUACACCAGAGAAGACACACAGGAGAGAAACCUUCUAGCUCUGAUCAAUGUGGGAAGAGAUACUCUGGUAAAAGAUCUCUGAUCAAACAUAAAAAAAUACAUGAAGGAGUUGUUUCAUGAUAUCAAUGAAAUAAUGUCACAAUGUAGAUUAUUUUAACAGUAGUAUUUUAAUGAAUGUCAACGUAGAACCCUAAAUGUUUGCCCACUGUUCAAUUGAUUUUAGCCUCAUGGAAACAAUCCAGGCUCUGAAUUGAAAGAGUUACUAUUUAUGUGAUUGAACAAAAAGUGACUAACAAAAAAGAGUUUGUUACACUUAUCACGUUGGUGACCCACUUCAAUCAAAAUGCAACACUUCAAAAUGAAUCACAAUGUAGCUAGCAGUUUACCACGUUGGUGACCCACUGGAAUCACAAUGAAACACUCCAAAAUGUUGAGGUUUUCAAUAUAUCCCAAACUGUUUCUGCAUAUUGGUUAUUGAUUUGGACACGUUAAAACUGUGUUUUGACAUUGCUCUAUUCCCAUUUAGCAAAAUGUCAUUCAAAAGACGUUGAAAGUAAGACUAUGCCCGACAUCCAAUACAUGUUCGGUUGUAGUUGAAAGUGAAAGUUCGGGUCGUUUUUUCAAUGACUUGAAAACAGUUUAAUUUCAACGUACUUGCAGCCUAUACACCUAUAAUCAAUUUUAUUAACAAUCUUACAUCACCCGACAAUUUCUUGGCAACAUUCAAGUGCUAAUUGUCUUUAUUCCACUACUGAAGAAGCAUGACUCAAAUCACCUCAUAUUUCAAAAAUCCAGCCUGACAAAAGAUACAUGUUUUAUUAUUCCAUGCCUCACCAUUAAGUUCAUUAUUGCCAAUACAUAUAAACAAAGGGGUGUGUACAUUUGGUUUUGAUAUUUCAUAUUUACAAUUAUGUAACAUCUAGUAAUCAUAGUUAUUCAUGCAACCAACUUAACAUUUUUGGGUACAAUUAUAUUGACAUUGUUACCCUGCUUUUAUAUCCAACAACAUACAGUGGGGCAAAAAAUGUAUUUAGUCAGCCACCAAUUGUGCAAGUUCUCCCACUAAAAAAGAUGAGAGGCCUGUAAUUUUCAUCAUAGGUACACACUCAACU